AUGCCCGCCCAACAAUCAGCCGAGUUUAAGAAGGCGGUGGAGGAGAGCAGGAAGUUGAAGGCGAAGCCAUCGGAUGAUGAGUUGCUGCAGUUGUACGGUCUGUUCAAGCAGGGCUCGCAGGAUCCGCCGUUCGAGGACUCCCCCAACCCGGGCAUGUUUGAUCUGAAGGGCAAAGCCAAGAAGGGUGCGUGGAAGAAGAUUCAUGAUGAGGGCGUCUCGGCCGAAGAUGCGCAGAAGAGAUAUGUCGAGCUGGUGGAGAAGCUCAAGGAGAAGCAUGGAUUCGAGGGUUAG